ACUCUCUUACACGCCAGCAGGCCUCCGCGGUACUCACAACCAUGGUUCCUGGCUCGCGACCAUUUCCCCCUCUAUGUUCAUUGUUUCUUCUCAUACUAGUGACCACCGCCCAUGCUCUUCACUUCUACCUCGAUGAUAAUGAAAAGCGAUGUUUCAUCGAAGAGCUUCCGACGGAUACUAUAGUCGAGGGACACUACCGAGCACUGGAAUGGAAGGAACAAUCACAGAUCUACGAGAUCAAUGACCAGCUGGGGAUAUUAGUCGAGGUCGACGAAAUGGAGACGGGGCACUCCGUAGUCAAAACCCGUGGUCCUCCAGAUGGACGCUUCACUUUCACAUCUCAUGACGCUGGCGACCACUCCAUUUGCCUCUCGACUAAUUAUUCCUCCUCAUGGUUUGGCCCGACCGCACACAUCCGUCUGCACUUGGAUGUUGUUGUUGGCGCAGCAAAGCCAGAUGCCGAACAUGAUCGUUCGCAUAUUUCGGACAUUGCAUCCAAGAUUCGCGAUCUCAAUAUGAAGCUGGAGGAUAUUCGGAGAGAGCAGCAGUAUCAAAGGGAGAGGGAAGCGGAUUUCCGAAAUUUGAGCGAGGCAACAAACGGUAGAGCCGUGUGGUAUAGUGUAGCACAGAUUGUCGUACUGCUGGCGACAUGUGCAUGGCAGUUGAGGCACCUCAAGCGCUUCUUUGAAGAUAGGAAGAUGCGGUAAUGAUUCGCUGUAUAGGCUUCGUUAUCUACGUUCAGGAUUUAUGUUCUGCUUUCUC